UCUCCCCGUUCCCCCCUCCCAGCGCUCCAGUACCGAGUGACCGCUCCGGUACCGAGUGACCGCUCCGGUACCGAGUGACACCUCCGAGCCGCGAGGUGGCGCUGCCGCGGCUGCCGCCUUGUCGCUGGUCCCUCUGCCGCCUGCUCUCCGCCGCGCGUCCGGGCCGUAGCGCGCCAUGGAGGCUCCUCCGGUGACCAUGAUGCCCGUGACGGGCGGCACCAUCAACAUGAUGGAGUACCUGCUACAAGGAAGCGUUCUGGACCAGAGCCUGGAGAGCCUCCUGCACCGGCUGCGCGGCCUGUGCGACAACAUGGAACCGGAGACGUUUCUGGACCACGAGAUGGUGUUCCUGCUGAAGGGGCAGCAGGCCAGCCCCUUCGUGCUGCGGGCACGGCGCUCCAUGGACAAAAGCGGGAUGCCCUGGCACCUGCGGUACCUGGGCCAGCCAGAGAUCGGCGACAAGAACCGCCACGCGCUGGUGCGCAACUGCGUGGACAUCGCCACUUCGGACAACCUGACGGACUUCCUGGUGGAGAUGGGGUUCCGCAUGGACCACGAGUUUGUGGCCAAAGGGCACGUGUUCCGCAAGGGCAUCAUGAAGAUCGUGGUGUACAAGAUCUUCCGCAUCCUCAUGCCGGGAAACACGGAGAGCAUCGAGCCCCUCUCCCUCUCUUACCUGGUGGAGCUCAACGUGGUAGCUCCAGCAGGGCAGGAUGUUGUUUCUGAUGACAUGAGAAACUUUGCCGAGCAACUGAAGCCUCUAGUGCACCUGGAAAAAAUUGACCCCAAAAGGCUAAUGUAACUGAAAAGCUGGGCUUUGGACUUACACAAACAAUCCUUCUGUGUACCCCUAUCCUGGUGGUGCUUGCUUUUUAUUUUUAUUUUUUUUUAUAAGCACCAUGCCUGUAUCCUUCAUAGUCAUCCUUUUUCCUUUUGAGUAAUACACAAAAUUAGUAUUCUUUAAUGUGUGAGGUGUUGUAUGACAAAAGUAUAAAUGCAGGAAUUACACAGCAUAAAAGAGCAAAUGUCCACCUAUUUACAGUGGAAUAGCAAAAUGGUAGAUGUAACAGGAACAGCUAGAACAAAACACACUUUAUAGUGAAAACGUUUCUGAUGUAACCGAGUUAGAAUUUAUCAGUGUUACAGUUGCCAGAUGUUUUUCAAAUCUUUUCAUGCUGCUCCAUCUUUUUCCACUGAAGUUGGGUAUAGCAGUCUUGGUUAAUCAGAAAGUAGCAAGUUACAUGGUUUGGUUUUUUGUUUAUUGUUUGACUUCUCACACCUGUCAGCAGUACUGAAAAAUGGCACAUUACAGCAGCUACGAGCAUUGUACAGCUACAGUGAUGAUUUUGUUUAGCAUUUCUUUUGCCAGCAGGAUGAUCAGUUACCCUCCCGAUAUUUCAGUGAUGCUGAGGUCUGAGAGUUUUAAAAUUCAGUCCAAACACAAAAGGUUGGGGAAAAACACCAAAGGUCAAGGAUGGAAACAUUUUACUGAAACGCACCAACCUCUGUCAGAGACAUCGCCACCGUUUGGCAGCACACAACUUUCUGGAUUAAACAACUGAAAGCAAAGACUGCUCCCACAAAAAAAAA